AUGCAGACCGCUAGCCUAGUGCUUGCCUUCACAUGUGUUCUUUUGCUGACCUGCACUCAAGCCAAGAUAGGUUACUUUUGGCAUAUCACAGACUUUCAUUAUGACCCAUUAUACACAUCGCAGGGUGACACGAGAAAGCAUUGUCGUCGAACGGACGAACGAGGUAGUUCCGGCCAUCACCGCGCCCUGGGACGCUUCGGCGACUAUUCUUGCGACAGUUCGAUAGAACUAAUACAUUCAGCGUUACGAUAUAUGCGCACGCGUCAUUCAGAAAACGUUGAAUUCGUUUUAUGGACAGGUGACAUUAUCUCCGCUGGAUACAACAACAACGAGGACGACAGGUACCAGGCGAUAAGAAACAUGACGGAGCUGUUAAGGAUGACGUUCAGUUCUCACUUCGUGUUCCCCGUAUUGGGGCAUACGGACCCUGCGCCCUCGGAGAGGCUAACGAAUUUAUGGAGCCAUUGGCUACCCAUGGAGGCAUUGCAAACACUGAAAAAUGGAGGGUACUACACCAUAGAGCAAACGCAGAGUAAGCUUCGAAUCGUCGCUUUGAACACGAAUUUGUUCACGGUGCGAGAAGAGAAUACACAGCACGCUCGCCGGCAAUGGGACUGGUUAGAUGCUGUCCUUGAAAAAGCUACCACCAACAAAGAGAUGGUCUAUAUUGUGGGUCAUGCUGCGCCCGGGUCAGACUCAAGAUACAAUAUGUUAUCUGUGGACGCGAAUGGGAAAUAUCUCCGGAUGGUGCGGCGCUAUGCCCGGAUCAUAGCCGGACAAUUCUUCGGGCACUUACAUGCAGAUACUUUCCGGGUUAUAUAUGAUAAAGAACACCCCGUAUCUUGGGCGUUAUUGGCCCCAUCCGUUAGCCCACACCGAGAACUUGGAGGUUCUUCAAAUCCUGGCUUAAGGCUUUAUAAAUUCGACACUGACACUGGAAAGGUAUUGGAUUAUACGCAAAUAUACUUAGACUUGGCAACAGCAAAUCGAGCGGAUACUGGAGCGGAGUGGAUAGCGGAAUACAACCUUACUCAGUAUUACGGACUUCGGGAUGUAUCAGCCGAAUCCCUUCACAAUUUAGCUGAAAAAUUACGAAUCACUUCGCAACAGGAGAGCUCAUAUUUUAAUAAGUACAUACGAGCUUACAGUGUCAAAUACGACAUCGCACACAAUUGCGACGGUGCGUGUGCGCACCAACACUUUUGCGCGAUCACGUGUCUAGAGCACGUCGCUUACAGACAGUGCGUAGAGGCUGCAGCUAGCGCGCUAGCGGCGUCCGGCCGAUCCGCUCCACUCAUCGCUUCGCUUGUUAACAUCGUUAUCACCUUUAUAGUGGCACUAGUAAUCGUACUAUAA